CUUUUGUUUUUAUCAGCUGUUGACCAGCAAAUGUAGUGGUUGCCUCAUUCUUUUUCUGAUGCUGCUGUCGGUUAUACUACGCGAUUAUUCUUGAAUUCAUUCUCUAUAAUGUGCGUCUUCCGUUGUAUUUGUUUGUUAUUAAUCGUUGCGAAUUGUGUUCGAUGCGAAAAACAACUCUUCACUUCCAACCACACCAUCAACUUAGGUUCAAUAAUCAUAAUCGACGCUUCUCAGCCGCCCGUCGAUGACAUUACAUUUUAUGGGGAAUACUCAAUGAAAGCCUUCAGCAUCAACACAAUCAGUGUGUACAAUUUCACCGAUUCAAAAUACGGCUUCGGAAUACUUCAAGUGCACGCAUGCUGGUAUAAUUUGACCCUGUCAUUCAACAAAACAAUUCAACCAAAUUUCUACGAAAAUGGCACCAAUUUGGGCUUCACAUUGUAUCCAUCACGACAGAAAACGCAAGACGUCUACCUGCACAAUUACAACUACUUUACAUCCGUCAACAUAAGCGUUGCACUCAUAAUGUACAAUAAAACGACGCCCGAACCCGGUGGCUGCAACAUGGAAUAUUCAGUGGCCAAUGCACCUGUUCUGGUUGUUACCUAUCGCAAAGAGUACAUAAGCAUUGACACUCCAUUGGCAGCAUAUCGCGCCGAUGAGACUAAUGAAGUGAAACGAUGCAAUGUCAGUCUAUCCUAUAUGGGUUAUCAUUUGUUUUUGAAGCGGGGUGACUAUACGUGUCGAUCACUGUUCGAUGGCAUCAAACGCUUAAUGACUAUCGGCAGUGCUAGGGAUAACGGCAUUUUGGGAGCAUCAGUUCCGGGAGGCGUAGCCCAUAGACGGAAAUAUGCAGCGAUUCCUGGAACGGGAAUUGUUUUCCAAACGAUUGUUUCAGGGAAAUGGGGUACAUCGUCUUAUGUGCCAGCGUUUAGCAUAUCGUGUUCACCAGCACUGUGGGAAACCAGCUGUAACAUUUUUGAUACGGCCACAUACCACGUUUUGGCUGGAAUAUUGAUCACAGUUGGAAUUAUUCGAGGCUAUUUCAGUCAUGUUUUGAGGGCAGUCAGCGUUUUUAUCGAUGGUUUCAUUUUUGGCUUACUUACGGUAUUCUACACAAUUUACUUGUAUGAUGCUGAUAUAUCCGAAGAUAAACUUGAACAGUUUCUCAUCAUUGGAGCCUUAUUUAUCGCCAUUCUGGUGACCAUUUUGUUCAUGUGCUUCGAAAUACUACACAAAAGUUGCACGCUCAUAUCGAAUAUCAUUGUUGGAUACCUGUUGGGUGCGUUCAUCGUUUACUUCAUCGAUGAUUAUUUCUACGAUUUCAAGAGUUACGGUUGGAUGUACGAAACGGUUUUUGUCGGAAGUAUAUUGGCAGUAAUGAUCGUAAUAACCGUUUGCCCAUCACUUGGACCACUCGUUCUGAGUGCCACGUGCGGAUCAUUCUACAUCGUUCAGGGAUUGUGCUACAUUUACGGUAAUCAUUUGAACUAUGUCGUUUUCAAUGCGCUGCGAUAUACAUCAGUGGACGGUUUUCGGAAGGUGCAUUCGACGCCGGCAGUGAACAUUGAAGACCUUUGGUUCCUACUACUUUGGUUGGUAUUGGGCAUUUCUGCAGUUUUCUUCCAAUUAGAGCUACGAAAACAGCGACAUUAUUCGGGCGAUAUUACAGAAAGAGCUCCGCUUAUAUCCCGUAUGACUCGCGGUUCGGAUGAAGUGUUUGAGUCGCCCGAAUCAAACACACGCUUUUUGAAGCAGCUCCACAGUCGACGGAAUUAGUGGAAUGGAGCCGGAAAUGAGAGAAUUCCAAGACUCGUUAAUAUUGUAGAGCUCGAACUUUGGCUGUUUGUAUAAUUUAUGAGGACAAAUGAAGGAAUAAUUGGUUUGAGAGUAAAAAGGAAUUUUGAUUUUGUUGUUGUUAAGAAGCGCGAUGUAAUUUGAUUUGAAUAAAAACAUUUAAUAAAAA